AAGAGCAAACGCGACAGCAGCAUGCAGAAAGGCAUCCAUCCUCCAACCUUGCGAGUGUCUGCGUUUGAGCUAGUUUGAGACUUUUCUUCGUUUCGAUUUUACAGUUCUUAAACUAGAACGCGAUAUAUGAAAAUAUCGUGUUUACUUCGAGACUCUCUUGAACUCACGAAAGCGUUCUUUGAAAGUGAUUUGAGUUACGUGUCUUGAUUUGUGCGACUGAGAAAUGGGGAAGAGCAGUAAAAAAUGGAAAGAAAACCGUAUGCAGAGGAAGGAGGAAAUUGCCAGGAUUGCAAAAGCACAAGCACUUGUCAAUGCAGCCAAAAAGCAGGAUAAUCCCCUCGACAAACUGUCGGCUUUCCAAAAAUUCAGCAAGGAUGGCUUGGAAGUGACAAUUUCUUUCUGCAAGGCCCCUGACAUGAAUGAUAAAUUGAAGACAGAAGUGAUGGAUCUGAUGCGUACAAAUAUGAAAGAAACGUAUGCUCAAUCCGACUGGGGUUGGAAAGAAAAAGAAAAAUCUGAAGAACUCUUCGAUGAAGAUGCUUGGUAUCUCUUGGCUAAUGAUGACAAAAAUGGAUCAAUGGUUGCUUUUUCACACUUCCGUUUUGACAUGGAUGAAGGCAGACCGGUCCUAUAUUGUUACGAGCUGCAGCUAAAUGAAAGCACCAGACGGAAAGGCCUUGGUAGGCGAAUGAUGCAGGUUUUGGAAAUGUUCUCGUGGCAAGCAAACAUGGAGAAGAUAGUGCUUACCAUCCUGAAGAAUAAUCCAGAUGCUAAAGCAUUCUUUUCAGCUAUGAAGUACGAGUUGGACGAGACAAGCCCAGAAGAUGAAUUUGAUGAAACAUAUUGCUAUGAAAUUCUCAGUAAGGAAAGGAAGAUUAAAACUCCGCAAUAGCUGUCUCUGUAUGGAAUCUCGAAAACAACAUCGUGUUUUUCUUACUAAAAUAAAAUUCCAUUUGUUUCGUAGAACCUGA